GACUGAAGCGAUGGCAGGAGAAGGAGAUAUCUCAGAGUUUGAAGAUUUAGGGCUUAAUGAAUGGCUCUGUAAUCAGUGUAAAGCCUUAGGUAUAAGAAAACCGACGCCGAUUCAGAAGAACUGCAUCCCGGCUAUCCUAAUGGGUCAGGACUGUAUUGGGUGCGCCAAAACUGGAAGUGGUAAAACUGCAGCCUUUGCUUUACCUGUGCUACAGAAGUUAUGUGAGGAUCCAUAUGGAAUAUUUGCCCUUGUCCUAACUCCUACCAGAGAAUUAGCAUUCCAGAUAUGCGACCAAUUCCAGGUCUUAGGAAAACCUAUCGGAAUACGCGCCACAGUGAUUACAGGAGGAAUGGAUAUGCUGCAGCAAGGCCUUGACCUGUCUGUUCAGCCACAUGUUGUCAUCUCUACGCCAGGACGUCUUGCUGACCACCUCACCAGCUGUGAUACAUUCUCCCUGAAGAGAAUCAGAUUCUUGAUCCUUGAUGAAGCUGAUCGACUAUUAGAAGAUGACUUUGGAGAGCAGUUGGAGACAAUAUUUCAACGAUUACCAAAGAAAAGGCAAACGUUGUUAUUCAGUGCUACUAUUACAGACACUCUGAAAGAACUGCAGGAAGUUGCAUUAAACAAACCUUUCUUCUGGCAGGCUGAGUAUACAACAGCGACUGUUGAACAACUAGACCAGAGAUACAUGCUGAUGUCUGCGGAUGUUAAGGAUGCCUAUUUACUUCAUUUGUUAGAUCGCUACUCAGAAGAAAAUAAAACUAGCUCAAUUUUAAUAUUUACAAACACCUGUAAAUAUUGUCAGAUAUUGGGGAUGGUGUUGAGGGAGUUGGGUUUUCCCUGUGCAGUGUUACAUGCCAUGAUACCCCAGAGACAAAGGCUGGCAGCUCUCGCUAAAUUCAAAUCCAAUCAAGUCAGAAUUUUGAUCGCUACAGAUGUGGCCAGCAGAGGUUUGGAUAUCCCUAUGGUGGACCUGAUCAUUAACCAUAAUGUCCCUAACAGACCGAAGGACUACGUUCAUCGUGUCGGCAGAACAGCCCGUGCUGGUCGUGGAGGAAUGGCAAUAACACUGGUCACCCAGUUUGAUAUCCGGCUUGUCCAUGCCAUUGAGAGCUUUAUCAAAACCAAAUUGACGGAGUAUGAGACAGCUGAGAGUGAAGUGAUGAAGAUUCUAUCUGAGGUGGCAGUAGCUAAGAGGGAGGCAGAAAUUAGAUUGGAUGAGAAGGAUUUCGGAGAACAGAAACAGAUCAACAAAAGGAAAAAACUGAUAUUGGAAGGAGAGGAUCCAGAUGAAGUGGAAAAGCAGCAAAGGAAAAGAAGAUUAGAGCGUGGGAAACAAGGGAAAAAGAAAGCAAAGAGCUCUUGAUGUUGAGAACGAAUAUAUUGUACCUGUGUCACUGCAGAGAAAUGCCUGUGUUGGCCGUUUGGGUUCACCAAUCCAGCAAUCAGACUCUCCCUCUAGUCUGGUAACAGGGUUAAAAAUCCCCUGGCUACACGUGUGAAUAAUAUCCUCAGUUUUGACUUUUCUCUCUACUUUAUGAGUUUACUCCAGCCAUAAACUCCAGUUUACUCCAGAGAUCAGUGUGACUGGAGUUAUAGGACUGAAAAAUUCUUGAGCAAUAAAUAAAUAAACCUGUAGCAGGAUAUUCUUCAUGAUUAUUUAUCUAAGUAUGAUUUAUUUAAGUUCAUAGUACAUAACUGUCAUUAUCAUUUUUCACAUUAAAGAGGCAGAUACCCACUUUAUCCAAUAUCUGAACUAUCGCUAUAUGCUAUGUUCAUCCCUUGUAGGCCUAUGGAUUAGAUUUUUUGUGUGUAAUUAGGCAAAGACAGAUGUAUUCAUUGCUGAUAUGUAUAUGAAAUAAAAAAAGAUAUA